AGCAUCUGAUUGGUGUUUGUUUCGCACGUGUUCUCAAAAAACAGAGACGCUAUAUACAUUUGAAAUAUUUGAAUUAAGCGGCGCCAUUUUGUAUCAACGGUUUAUCUGUAACAAUGGUGUUAUGUAGAAUAUUAUAACAUAUAAUAUGAUAAUAUUUUACAAUAUCUACAAUUUGAAAAGUAUAUUUUCAAUGUAAAAUAUCAUACAGUUUGUAAAGUAUAAUACUUACUUUUCUGAGAACUUCGAUAAUUGUUAUAAUAUUAUCACCGAAAUAUUAACGCGCGGUUUCAAUUGAAUUUGAAAAGUUCUUAGUUCUGUUUACUUGAAUUAGUUUGUAAUUCCUGUUAUAUGCGGUUGAUUGAAAUACUUUUUAAUGAAUAUACAAUUAUAACAAGAAUAGUGCAAACUAUAAAAUGAAAUGUUUAUAAGAACAAUAUUGUUUACAAUUAAUGUUGUUGCCUAACCUCAAACAAUCAAUGUGUGCAUUAUAUUUUUCAAAAUAUUGACUAUGCUAUAAUAAAAACUUAGAAUGGCUGAUAAAGUACAGGAUAGACAUAAUGCUUCUGAUGAGAUGGAAGUGGACUUUGUAAAUAAUGAACUUAAUAACGAUGAAGAUGGGGGUAUAAGAAUAGAUGAUGAUAUUUACAUUCCACCACCACCAAAAAAGAUUAAUGAUUUAAAUAUAAAUGGACCUAGGCUCAUGAUUACAAAAAUAGUUAAUGAAAACUUUAAAAGUUACUCAGGCAAGCAAGUUAUUGGUCCUUUUCAUAAGUGUUUUUCUGCAAUUGUGGGGCCAAAUGGAAGUGGUAAAAGUAAUGUAAUCGAUUCAAUGCUUUUUGUGUUUGGUUAUAAAGCAAGCAAGAUACGUUCAAAAAAGAUCUCAGUUUUGAUACACAAUUCGAGUCAACAUAAUAACUGCAAAAGUUGCACCGUUUCUAUAUAUUUUCAAAGUAUAAUUGAUAAGGAAGGUGAUGAUUAUGAGGUUGUACCAAAUAGUGAAUUUGUAAUAUCUAGAACAGCAUUUAAAGAUAAUACAUCAUAUUAUGAAUUAAACAAUAAAAAAGUACUAUUUAAGGAGAUAUCUAAACUUUUAAGAUCUCAUGGUGUUGAUUUAGAUCACAAUCGAUUUCUAAUAUUACAGGGUGAAGUAGAGCAGAUAGCAAUGAUGAAACCAAAAACUGUAAAUGACAAUGAAACGGGUAUGUUAGAAUUUCUGGAAGAUAUCAUUGGUACUGUACGUUUCAAAGAGCCUCUUGAAAAAUUAGUUGAGAAGAUUGAAUUAUUAUCAGAAUGUAGGGUAGAAAAAAUGAACCGUCUUCGAAUUGUUGAAAAGGAAAAAGCAGCUUUACAAGAACCUAUGCAGGAUGCAGUUAAUUAUUUGAGAAUGGAGAAUGGUGUAACAAAAUUACAAUAUCAAUUGUAUCAUUGUAAACGUGCUAGGACAGCACAGGAAAUUACUUUACAAGAAGAAAAAACGAAUGAAGUAGAUAAAGAUGUUAAAAAUCUAGUAAAUGAAAUACAAAUUAUUCAUCAAGAAAAGGAAGAAAAACAAAAGGUACUCAAUGAAAAGAGUAAAAAAUGGAAUGCAUUACAGUCUAAUAAAAAUAAUAUUGAUGCACAAUUUGAACAAAUAAGAAAAAAGGAUGAAUAUCUAUAUGCAGAGAUGGUUGAGACAAACAAAAGAAGAAAAGAGAAUCUUGCAUUGGUGAAAACUGAAAAAAAUAAAUUAGAAGAAUUGCAAGCAAUACCUAAAAAAAAUUCAAGUACGAUCGAGGAAUAUGAACGACAUGUUACGAAGCAUGUAAAAUCUAGAGAAAAGGAGGAAGCUGCAUUGGUUACUUUAAUGAGUGGUUUACGUGAACAAACGGAACCAUUGCUUAACGAACGAUCUCAAUUAGAGAAAAAUUUAAUAUCUCUUAGAAAAGAUGUUGACGAAGCUAAGGGUACAUUUGAUAUUGAAGAUUCUAAAUUACAAUUAUACACAUCUAUCGAACAAACAGAGCGAGAAAAAUUGAAUAAUAUAAAAGAAACUUUGGAAACUACUGUAAAUACAAUUAAACAAAGAACUGAACAACUUGAUUCCUUAAAUAAAAAGAUUCCCGCUACUCAGAAAAGUUUGGAUCAAGCAAAAAAUGAAUUUCAACAAGUAAAGGAUCGUGAGAUUCAAAUGACAUCGAAGCUAAAGAAUUUGAGAAUUUCUUACGAAGAAAAAAGGUCCGCUAUGCAAGCAAAUAAUUCGAGAAAUAAAGUUUUGAAUUUACUUAUGAAAGAAAAAAGGGAAGGAAGGAUUCCUGGUAUUUAUGGUAGAUUGGGUGAUCUCGGUGCAAUAGAUGCUAAGUACGAUGUAGCAGUUUCAACUGCUUGUGGUCCAUUGGAUAACAUCGUUGUGGAUACAGUUAAUACUGCUCAAGCGUGCAUUACUUUUCUUCGUCAAAAUGAUAUAGGACGUGCAACAUUUAUACCUUUAGAAAAACAACAACGUUAUCUGUCAAAGUGCAAACAAAAGUUACAGACACCGGAAAACGUUCCUAGACUUUUUGAUUUAAUACGCGUUGAAGAUGAAGAAAUAUUACCAGCAUUUUAUUAUGGCUUACAAGAUACUUUAGCAGCAGAUAAUUUAGAUCAAGCGACGCGAAUUGCGUAUGGACAAAGACGUUACAGGGUGGUUACCUUAAAAGGAGAACUAAUUGAAAUGUCAGGUACUAUGAGUGGUGGUGGACGUACUGUAUUUAAAGGUCGUAUAGGUCAAAAAGUAGUUAGAAAUGAGCCUUCUGUUGCUGAUAUUGAUAAAUUACAAGGAAAUCUUGAUCAAAUAUAUAAGGAAUGUAAUGAUUUAAGAACUAAACAGCAAACUUUGGAAAAUCAAAUACAUACUCUUUCAAAUUCUUUGAAGGAUAUGAUAGUUGAUAGAAAUAAAUAUAAUAUUGAGAUACAGACUCUUAAGGAACAAAAAUCGUUGUUAGAAGUACAGCUCAAGAAUCAGAGAAAAAAAGUUACAGAAUCUGUAUGCGAUCCAAAGGAGGUACAAAAGUUGAAGAAAAUUGUAGAUGCUGCCAAAACGAAAUUAGAUAUGGUUCAAGAAAAAUCUACCAUCGUUGAAAAUAAAGUUUCUGACAUCAAUAUGGAGAUUGAGAAAAUAUCUGGUGGGCGUGUAAGGGACCAACAGCAAAAAAUAUCAACCUUAAAUAAACAGAUAGAUAAAACAAAAGGUGAGAUUUAUAAAUUACAAGUGGCUAUUACAACAGCCGAACGAAAUUAUAAAAAAGUGGAACAACGUAUAAAAACUCUUGAAAACGAUAUACUCACUGCGGAAGAAAAAAUACGUGAAAUGCAAAAUCAGAAAAGUGAUUUAGAGGAAAAGGGCAAAGUUUUGUUGGAAGAAUUAAACAAAGUUAAUGCGGCACUGGUAGAACGAGACGAAGCUACGGCGUCUAUAAAGGGAGAAUUGGAGGUAUUAAAAAUUCGUGAAAAUAAAAUGAAAGCCGUGAAAAUAGAUUUAGAUCAGAAGUUCAGUGAAUAUAAGAAAGUUUUAGCGGCGAUUAAGCAACGACUACCAGAUUAUAACAAGAAAAUAGAUUCUUUGAAACUUCAUACAAUUCCAGGGGAACAACCUGGUGUAUUAAAAGAAUUAUCAGAGGAAGAAAUAAAUGAAUUGGACGAGAAGGUUGUAACUGAUAAAUUAACUAAAGCCAUGCAAUAUUUACCAAAAGAUACUCCUAAUAUGCAAAUUAUUGCUGAUUACGAAGAAAAAGAUAAACUUUAUUUACAACGUGUUACAGAUCUCGAAUUAAUAACUACUGAAAGAAAUAAUUUAAGAGAUAUUUAUGAAAAUGUACGACGACAAAGAAUGAAUGAAUUUCUUGGUGGUUUUACAUUAAUAACGAGUAAGCUGAAAGAAAUGUAUCAAAUGAUAACUUUGGGAGGAGAUGCUGAACUUGAAUUAGUCGAUUCAUUGGAUCCAUUUAGCGAAGGGAUAGUUUUCAGUGUAAGACCACCAAAGAAAUCUUGGAAAAAUAUUAGUAAUCUUAGUGGUGGUGAAAAAACCCUGAGCUCUUUGGCUUUAGUCUUUGCAUUACAUCAUUAUAAACCGACCCCAUUAUAUUUUAUGGAUGAAAUAGACGCAGCUCUGGAUUUCAAAAAUGUUUCCAUUGUUGGUCACUACAUUAAAGAGAGAACAAAGAAUGCCCAAUUUAUAAUAAUAUCCCUUCGAUCGAAUAUGUUUGAACUUGCAGAUUAUCUUGUAGGAAUAUAUAAGACAUAUAAUUGCACAAAAAGUGUCACAGUUAAUUUGGCCAAAUAUUAUGUCAAUCAUGGAAUUUCACCACCAACACAGAUACCUAUUUCUAGAAAUCCUUAUACCCAAACGCAACUUACGUCAAAAAAUAAUACGCAAGACGAACAGCCAAUAAAUGCAGAUAAAGUUGCGCAUUCUAACGGAACCGAUUUGAAUACCUCCUUAGGAUUACCAAAUUUGAGCCUUUGUGAAACUCCAAAGAAAUCUGAUAAUUCUAAGGAAAAUGUCAAUAAUGAAGAGAAAAAUGGAAACAAAGAACCUGUAAGGAAAAAAAGAAGGAUAUAAAAGUGUUUUAGUAAUGUUAUUAUUAAGACGAAGAUAUGUUUCAAUAAGGACAUACCUUAUGUAAAGAAAAAUACAUCUUGUGCAAUGCGAAGAAAUAAUUAUUUGAACAGAAUGCAUUGUUUCGCCAAAUCCAUUUAAUAAUGCCUUGUAA